UCAAAAGCCUGUGCGUCACUUCCGUUGUCAGGUGGCGCUGUCGCUGUGGAAAGAUGCGAUCGGUGGCGAGCUAGCAGGCUUUUCUUCCCGAAUCGCUGCUAAUUCGGAGGCUUCGAGCGGCCAACCGAACCGCGACGCUCCGUCCGGAGCCGUCGACAAGCAGAGACGUCGCCCCCCCCGCGAGAAAUGUCGACGUUGUGAGGGCGGAGGACGACGCCAAGACUUUUUUCUUUUCUUUUUUUUUCUUUUUUUUUUGACCCGGCGGUUUCGGCUCGAGAGCUCCACGAUGUCCAAGCGACGUGCGUCGGAGAGGGCGGCCGGAGAGACGUCGGGCAGGGCCGGCAAGCCGCAGUGUCCGCUGUACGCCGGCAUCUCUGGCGGCAACGCCAAGCGAGCUGGGCCCUUUGUCCUGGGGCCUCGUCUGGGCAACUCGCCGGUGCCCAGCAUCGUGCAGUGUCUGGCCAGGAAGGACGGCAGCGACGAUUUCUACCAGCUCAAAAUCCUGACGCUGGAGGAGCGAGCCGACUCGGCCGGCGAGACGCAGGAGGAGAGGCAGGGCAAGAUGCUGCUGCACACCGAGUAUUCCCUCCUGUCGCUGCUGCACAACCAGGACGGCGUGGUCCACCAUCACGGCCUCUUCCAGGACCGGGCCUACGAAAUCGGCGAGGACCCGGAGGCCAACAAGUUGCGCAAGAUGAAGAAGCGGAUCUGCCUGGUGCUGGACUGCCUGUGCGCGCACGACUUCAGCGACAAGACGGCCGACCUCAUCAACCUGCAGCACUACGUCAUCAAGGAGAAGCGGCUGGGCGAGCGCGAGGCCAUCGUCAUCUUCUACGACGUGGUGCGCGUGGUGGAGGCCCUGCAUAAGAAGAACAUCGUGCACCGAGACCUCAAGCUGGGAAACAUGGUGCUGAACAAACGGACGCACAGAAUCACCGUCACCAACUUCUGCUUAGGGAAGCACCUGGUGAGCGAGGACGACCUGCUCAAAGACCAGAGAGGAAGCCCCGCCUACAUCAGCCCGGACGUGCUCAGCGGUCGCCCGUACCGCGGCAAGCCCAGCGACAUGUGGGCUCUGGGCGUGGUGCUGUUCACCAUGCUCUACGGCCAGUUCCCCUUCUACGACAGCAUACCUCAAGAGCUCUUCCGCAAAAUCAAGGCCGCCGAGUACUCGGUCCCAGAAGAUGGCCGCGUAUCCGACAACACGGUGUGUCUGAUCCGAAAACUGCUGGUGCUGGACCCUCAGCAGAGGCUGACCGCCAGCGAGGUGCUGGAGUUGCUCGGUGACAUCAUCGCCUCGUGGCAGUCCGUUUCGUCGCUGAGCGGCCCGCUUCAGGUGGUUCCGGACAUUGACGAUCAGGUCAACCACUCGGAGCAUCUGCAGGAGGCCAAAGUGACGGAGGAGUCGUCGCAGUACGAGUUUGAGAACUACAUGCGUCAGCAGCUGCUGCUGGCCGAGGAGAAGAACACCUUCCACGAGGCCAAGAGCUUCCUCAAGCGCCACUUCAACAGCCUGCCACCGGUGCGGCGCCUGGGCCACGACGCCCAGCCCGUCGGCCCGCUGGACGCCGCCAUCCUGGCGCAGCGCUUCCUCCGCAAGUAGUCGCCGCCGCCACGUCUCUCUCUCGGUCCGCCCUCUCGUCACUGUGCAAGCCCCCCGUCGGCGGGAGCGCCUCCGCCUUCCCGCCACGCCUCCUUCCUUCCGCCGUCGUCCCCCUUCGGAAAACCUUCAAGUCAAUCUACCUCUCCGUCUCUUCCUCCGUGUUGGUAAACCACGCUCACUGUUCGGCCAAGCCACCGGCGACGUUGGCGUUUUCCCCGUCACGCCGCGGGGAAAGAAACGACAAACCCUCUCCAGUUUUGGACGGAAUAAGCUUUUUUUUUUUGGUCUUUCUUUUUAGCAUUAUGACCUCGGAGUAGCAUUUGUAAUAUCCUAUUGAAGACUUUAGGACAUGAUGGGAGCACACGUACUGUACUGGUCUUCUGGUCCCUGCGGAGAUCUCUUUCCUAGCAUCAGGCAGCUAGCGUGCGGAAAGCCUGGAAGUCGCCACGCCGAGACCCGGUGUUGGACGCGGUUGGGGGAGGGGGGACGCCACGGAACCGCUACCCGGCGCCUCAUUGGGAUUUGUGGUGGCUUCCGGGUAGUCUGACAGACCAGAUGAAAAGUGUGCUUUUGUUUCCAGUAUGAAUGUGAACGACACUUUGACAUGUUUGCAUAGCCAAGUGCGCGCGCGUGCGCGCGUCUCAAGCCAGGCCCGCCGAGCCGGCGGCCAUCUUUAAGCUAUCCUCCAGUCUCUCUGUACUUUUCCACAGCGCGGUACCGGCUCAGCUCUGCGAAAACCCUCCAAAUCCAGGCCACGUUCAAUGCUAAUUUAAUCCAAGGUGGCCGGCAAAACGGGGCGCUGCAUCCGAGGGGAGACUGUGGAGGACACCGUGUCGGGGACAGAUUAAGUUAGCAUUGGCUCUGUUUUUCUUUGGAGGGGAGGGGGGUAUUUUUAAUUUCAAAAUAUGUAUUGAUAAAUCAGUCGCCUCCAAAAGGGCGGCAUAAAAAAAAAUAAAUAACACACCGCUGGGGGCCAAGUGGAGACUAUGCGCAGCGCGCCACCACGCCUUCCAGCGAGCAUGUUCAUUUUCUGGCAUUUCCAACAGACUGUGGAGAUGCGCAGCACUUACGUUCCCACCCCCACCCCACCCCAUUUCUAGCAACGAAUCCUCGAACGGCUUCCUCUGUCUCCACUUGGCUGCAGUAGCCCGAUUUCCCGCCUCCUUUCCAUGGCCGUGAAUGCCUUUGCGCUCUCUGGCCAAACAAAACCACAGCAACGAAAAUCCCCCGCGCAGAUUUGAUCGGAGAGCCGAGUGAGUGCCACGCGGUGGAAAAGCGUCCAACUAGUGUUUCUUAUCUGGCACACUGUGAAAAGCAGAGCAACACCGAGCUAGCCCUUGAUUGUCUAUUCACAGCCCCCCCCCCCCCUCAUGUACAUGCAUGUAUGAUUCCACUUUGUCGGUGCUCGGUGAUCCACACUGUAAUUACUUUCCUUGUCUUGUUUUUGAAUUUCACUUUGGUUUUUUCUGGUUGCCUUGGAUUGCGCUGACUAUUUACUGAAUCAAGGUUCUCUUUUUUUGAGGCGAAGCUUCUCUUCGGCGACUUUGCCGCAGUAUCAAUUAGGCUUCCCACUAUUUAUGUUUGCAUCCCAACCUCGUUCACUUAACAUUUCAAGGUGGAUUUAUUUAUUGUUCUCUCAGCUACGAUCAUGAAAAAGUAGCCCCCCCUCCCCAACUCAACAAACUCAAAUGCAUCAUGUGCUUGCCAUAUCGCCACCGUUUAAGCUACUCUGCCUUAUGCUUGGUUCUAAUAAUUAAUAUUACUGAUUUAUUUUGAAAAAAACACUCAAGUGUAACUUUUUUUUCUCCGGAUUCAUAUCGUUCAUUAAAAAAAAAAUCGGAUUAUUUCGUAGAAUGAUUUUGCAUGAUUUUUUUUUCCUUGAAAUAUUCCCCAUGGUUUCACAGCAAUUGGAAUCUUGAAAUAUUUGUCAAGUACGUCCACGCCACACAAAGAAAAAGAACAAAAUUGUACCGAUAUUUCCCUUCUUUUCCUCCCAAUUUUAUGGUUGUGGGUGGGGGGCGCGUACACAACCUUUUCCCUAAAAUACGGAUCAGAAGGCUUUCCCUGAGUUUGGGCCUCAUUCUAAUUUCAAUGCAUCGUCGCCAUAUGUUGGAGCAAAAUUGCUUGCAAAAUAUUUGUCAUUUGGUUUCAUUCACUACAUUGGUUGUUUUUAUAUUCAAACAUUUUAAACCAAAUUGUAUUUAUUCCCUAGGCACCCCCUUCCCGGAUGACAUCAUAAAUUUUGAUGAAACUCGUCAUUUAUGAGCAAAAAUAAGUUUCCACAAAGCUAUUUUCCCCCUCCUCACAAAAACAAACAAACAAUUGCCCUUUUUAAGUAGCACAACUAAUAAUUUGAAGAAAAAUCUCCCCGGCCGCUUCUUUUGGGCAUAUUGCUGAUUGCUUUCCAGCGUUCAUUUGACAAAGUGGUUCCUGUCUUUCGUCAGCUGCUUGCUCAUCAAUGGGGGCAUCUCGCAACUCAUGAAUGACAUUCUUGUACAGUUGGAAAAUCACCUCUGGAUUUAAAGAAAGAAACGAACAUAUUUUUCUACUUCAUCAGAAACUCUACACGCAUGUCAGCAAUAAACUUUGAUAUGGAAAAUAA